AUGAGUCAGCAACGGGCUCUUGGUUUACAGCCACAGGCGAUUGCCGCAGCCCUUCCGGAGAACGUCUGGGACCCGUUACGACACGAGGAUGCCGAUCCGUUCUGGCGAGAAAUUGAACCGUUUUUCAGCCCGAUAACGGUGGAGUCCCUCAGUUACAUGCGGGAAAGUGAUACGAUGAAUGACGGACCGGACACGGACUUGCUCGUUCCAACGGCAGACGCGGAAAACGUUGUCCCCAACGGCGAGCCUGGGGAAAGUGCUCCGGAGACGCGCCAACCGGAACGACGACGCCGACGCCCGGAAGCGACCAGUUCCGGGGGCUCUGCCGUGGACCACUCGGAGAAAUGGACUGUGGAGAGACUCCUCCGGGCACGCUUGAACUCUUAUCCGUUUUUCCAGCGAGUGGCUGCUGCCUUUGUUGAGUUGCCGAGCACUGGGGAUGCACCUGCCUCUGCGAUGCGAAACAAGGGCUCGGGUCCCGAAGAUCUCUUUUGGAGCGGACCCGCAGAUUCCCAGCUCUUGGAUGAAUACCACCGUAUUCUAGAAAUUCGUGUCACCAAUGAACUACAAAGCAUUGGUCUCAUUGACGACACCGACGCCGACGAGCUUCAAAGCGAAAUGCGCCUGUUGCAGUGGCAGCUGCGGAAUGCAAAAGCCCGCAAUCGCUCGAUACGGAGCUGGUCCUACAGUGACUGGAACCGCGUCCUGAAAGCGCAGGGCAAGGCACGUGAGCUCGAGCAAGGGAAUCAGAACCUCCAGAUCCUCUAUCUGGAACGAGCGAUUCGAAAAUGUCGCAGAAACCGGCGGAUGCGACAGCGCUUCGAGCGCGUGCUCAAACUGCUUUUCCCGAGUCACCGCAUCGGUAACUUGAACUUGCAACGGCGCACGGAACCGGCUGCUGGAGCGCAUACUGAACAGAAGACGCUGCCAGCUGGUGCCGAAAACUCUCCCUGA